GAACAUCCUCGCGCUUUGGAUGUGCUCCAGGAUUUGAGGAGGGGAGAGGACGGGGAAGCAUCAUUAACACAGCUCGACAGCCAUGCAGAUACUCGGAGUCCCUUUUUUCCUGUUUUGGCUUAUCUGGGGCCACUCCUGCGCUCUCGGCGGAAAAGUGAACAAGCACAAGCCGUGGAUAGAGACAUCUUACCAUGGCAUGAUCACAGAGAACAUGGACAAGGUGCUGCUGGACCCUCCUCUGGUAGCUCUGGACAAGGAUGCCCCGAUCCCUUAUGCUGGGGAGAUUUGUGCCUUUAAGAUCUAUGGUCAGGAUGCGCCAUUCGAGGCGGUGGUAUUGAAUCGCACAUCAGGAGAAGGAGUACUUAGGGCCAGCAGCCCUGUAGACUGUGAGAGCCAAAAAGAGUACACCUUUGUGAUCCAAGCCUAUGACUGUGGGGCUGGACCCAGCGGGGCCGACUGGAAAAAAUCCCACAAGGCAGUGGUUCACAUCCAGGUGGAUGAUGUCAAUGAGUUCUCCCCAGUGUUUCGGGAGCCUCUGUACAAGGCCUCAGUGACAGAAGGCAAGAUCUACGACAGCAUUUUGCAGGUGGAAGCAUGGGACCAGGACUGUUCACCACAGUACAGCCAGAUCUGCAACUAUGAAAUUGUCACCACAGGGACGCCAUUUGCCAUAGACCGCAAUGGUAAUAUCAGGAACACAGAACGGCUGAGCUACGACAAGCAGCAGACCUACAAGAUUAUGGUGACGGCCUUUGACUGUGGUCAGAAGAGAGCCAGAGAAGAUGUGACUGUGCAUAUUGAUGUCAAGCCUGUCUGCAAGCCUGGAUGGCAAGGUUGGAACAAGCGUGUAGACUAUGAGCCAGGAACUGGGAGCAAGCAGCUGUUUCCCAAGAUGCACUUGGAAACCUGUGGGGGACCCCUGUCUGGCGUGAGAGCAAUGGUAGAGCUGCAGACCAAUCACAUUGGGAAGGGCUGUGACCGUGAAACGUACUCUGAAAAAUCUCUGCAAAAACUCUGUGGUGCGGCAUCAGGCAGCACCGACCUCCUUCCUGCUCCCAGCACGUCCACAAACUGGACAAUGUCUCUGCUCACUGACAGCGGGCGAGACAGCGACCUCAUCUACAGAUUUGAUGGGCGUCAGGCAGCCAAUGUUCCAGAUCACGUGGUUCCCCAAAACCUGACGGAUCAGUUUACCAUAGCAACCUGGAUGAAACACGGACCCAGUCCAGGACUCAGAGCUGAGAAAGAAACCUUACUGUGCAACUCUGACAAGACCGAGAUGAACCGCCACCAUUACUCCCUCUAUGUUCACAACUGCCGCCUGGUGUUCCUGCUCAGAAGAGAUUUCACUCAGGUCGACACUUUCAGACCUGCUGAGUUCCACUGGAAACUGGAGCAGAUCUGCGACAAGGAAUGGCACUAUUAUGUGAUCAAUGUGGAAUUUCCUGCAGUGACACUAUUUGUGGAUGGUGUGACCUAUGAACCCUACCUGGUGACAGAUGACUGGCCAAUCCACACCUCAAAGAUUGAUACACAGCUAACUGUAGGAGCCUGCUGGCAAGGUGGCGAGGUAGCGACCCCAAGGUUUGCCCAGCAUUUCCAUGGCAGCCUGUCGGGUCUGACAAUCCGACCAGGCCGUGUUGAAACCCAGAAGGUUAUCUCCUGUUUGCAGGCCUGCAAAGAAGGCCUUGAUAUUAACUCCCUUGAAAGCCUCGCUAAGGACAUCAAGUUCCAUUUUAACCCCGCCCAGUCGGUGCUGGUGGUGGAAGGACAGGAUGCGGACAGCAUCAACACAGCUAUGACCAAAGUCUCCUACAUCAACUCUCGCCAGUUCCCAACACCUGGCCUCCGACAGCUACACAUCACCACCACAGUACAGUGUUUUGGGGAGGACACGUGUUUCUACAUCCCAGACAUCAAGGCAGUCGUUAUGGUGCUGCCGCCUAGUGAACCAAGAAUCACCAUUGAAGGACCUAACCAACUCAUUAGGCCUGCCGCUGACCUGCGGGGUCCGCUGGGUGUGGCACCCUUCAAAGAGCUUCACAUCACCAGCACAGUAAUAAAGGGGGACAGCUUUGGUGGAUCCCACAGACCGGGCGUGACGGAGGUGAUGCACAACUUGGACUACUGUGACAUCCUGGUAAUUGGGGAAGAACUGAAUCCUGAGAGAGAGAGUCUGGAGAUUCAUCACAGUGCUUUGUUGGGAAAACACCUGGAUGCCACCAACUCCACAUCUGGAAUAUCUAUUUAUGGUGUGGACUCUAUGGCCCACUAUGAGCAGGCACUGAGACAGGUGUGCUACAGGAACUGGCAAGCUGCAGCCCUGACAGAGAGGAAGUUCAGACUCACCUGCUCUGAACUCAAUGGACGUUACACCAGCAAUGAGUUCAAUCUGGAACUCAGUGUUCUUCACCACUCAGCGCACGUGGAGCAUGUCAAUCACAUGGCAGCCCAGGCUCAGUACAUGAGGCCCGUCCAUCACCCACUCAUGAUGCACAGUGUGAACUCACACAUGUCAGGAGCAACCCCUCCAGCAGCAACAGCAGUUAUUGUGGUCUGUAUCGCCGCCCUGGUGGCGAUUGUAGUGAUCGGUGUGUACAGGAUCCAUGCUACUCAUCAGGAAGGGUCCAGAGAGGACGAGGAAGAGGCCAAAGACCCUGAGGUGGACUGGGACAACUCUGCUCUCACCAUCACAGUCAACCCCAUGGAGAACAUAAAAGGACCUCAGGCACCAGAUGAGGAUGCAAAAGAAGAAAGUGAAGAGGAGGAGGAAGAAGAAGAGGGUGAAGAACGGGUGGGAGGAAUGAUAAGUGCUGAGUCAGACAACACUGACGAAGAGGAGGAGGAGGAAGAAGAGGUGAAAGAAAGGAAGCAGAAAGGAAAACUUGAGUGGGACAGUUCCUCCGUGACAUACUAAUCACACCCACACACAUUCGUAAAUAAAUACCCACACAUACACACACUCUACAUGUUUGUCUCACUCUCUCUCAACUACACACACACAACCACGCAUCCUGCAGACAUACUCGCUAGGUACACACACACACACACAGAGAGAGAGAAACAAAGUCUCUGAUAAAAUUAUUUACAAUUCAUGGCUGGAAACACUAUUAAUCUUCCCAUUUUGUCAUUUUUAAUGAAGCAUCUCCCUCUGCUGGACAAAGUCAGAACUACAGAGCCAGCCAGAGAAUGUACGCACAUUAUUAUUCACAUCACAGUCAAUGAAGCAGAGCAAAAUCUGCCAAACAAGCACAGUCUUCUCAUUAUGUGUGCAGAAUUAUCUGAGCUUUCGCUGAUAAGCUGAACUCUGAAACAAUCAUGAAGCAGAUCUUAAAUACGGAGACACAAUUAUAAACAUCAGAACAAAGUCCCAGCAUUUAAAAUCUCAUCAGAUACCUUUUGUACUACUUACAUUUUAAACAAAUUGUCUGCAAGUUGGUGACUUAUUAACAUAUUUAACAGCCAAAUGUAACAAUAUGCAUAUCCAUUAGCUAAUUAGGUUACAUUUAGAAUAUGAUUCCUUUGGCCUAAGAAGUUGGUAUAACAUAGCUGUACUGUCACUCAGUGGAUAUCCUCUUCUCAUAUUUAACACAAAGCAGACACUUCUCUUUCCUUGAAAUCUGCGUGAUCACAGUGCUGUAAUUCUGUGGCCUGGACACUAAAGAGAAACAUCUGAGCUCUUACCUAAAUAUUCCACAUUUUUCCAGAUUUCUAUUUGAUACGAAGGACAAUUAUCAACUGUUCAAUGUCUUUCACCUUUGGUUUCUUGAAAGACGUUUCUAGAUAAAAUUAUCACUUUUCUGUCAGCUUAUAAACAGAUAGACAAAGUUGAUAUCAGUGCAAAAAUAUUCCUUGGACCCAAAUGGCCUGAUAGCAUUAAACGCUUGUUUGUCUGGAUCUCUGUCCUUUACCAUAUGUGUCCAUACUGUGGCCUAAUGUCGUCUUUGCUGUUAGAGUUAGAUCGCUUAUCUUUCUUUUUUCAGCAGAUUAAAUGGUACCAAGAUGUUACUGUAAGAAAUGCUACUGGUCUCCCAGCUUUACUUUGUUUCUAACUCUAUAGUAAAGGAAGCCCUCUAUGCAAUUAUGGGCCCAGUUUAAAAGACCAGUAUAUAGAAACAGGGGCAUGUCAGCAAUUAUCAUAUAAGUUGGGGGACUUAAAGUAUGACAGGCAGAUUUUUAAAGGGGUCCAAAUCAACUCAUCAGAGCCUAAGAUAUCCUGAUGUUUGUGCCUAGCAUUGGUCAGUUUUUAAAAGUGCCACAUCCUACACAUCCCACAGUGCAACUCACUAGCAUCUGUUCUUAAAUGUACGGGGUCAGAUUUUACCCACAGCACAGAUCAAACCAAUAGUCAGACUGAAGAGAGACCGAUAAAUUCAUCCAUUGCACACACUUGGCUAGUUCGUCACUAAGUCUUUUGCUAAGAAUUCUGGGUAAAUUAGAUCACCCCCCCAGCCAAAAGACAUGGGUCUUUUUACACUCCACACCUCCAGUUUGUAAAACUGUCAAAUGUCAAAUCGAACACAACCCUGAAGACAUCAUCAGGGUAUUUUUCUUGGACUUAAUAAAUCUCCUCAAGAGCCACACAUGAAGUUAUACAUUGCAGCUGUUUUCAUGUGUAGUACAGAUCUUUGUGUGUAAAACUGGAGGACUGUCCCUUUAAAGCUGUAUGAGGAGCCACAGAAAAACUUUGCUAAACGCUGUUCUGACUGCUGUUCACCAGAACUACAUGCAGGAGUGGAAACGUCACUCAUACUGAUCCCAGCUUGCACCAACAUUAUAACAGAUUACGUAUUUAAGACAAAAUAAAUCCCGUGAGUUUGUCUCCAUUCAGAUGAGCUUUGCUGUUCCCAGGAGCCAGCUGUAACCUCUUCACAUCUGAACAGUAUCAGUGACACCCUUCCCUCCCUCUGUUGGCCUUUAAGCACCUGUGAUUGUGAUGUCAUCAUUGUGAAACAACUGCCUUGUUGCCCUCGUCCCCCUUUGUCAUGUUGUGCUUCUGAAAAUUUAAAGAGAAAAAAUGAUUCUUUUACAUAUAAAAACAAACCCUGUAAAAAUGUUCAAGACACUUAUUUUAUAUGUUUCUUUUUCCUUUUGUAAACAAAAAUUGGUUGGGAUUUCUCUUUAGUGGUCAUCCCACUGCUUUCUGUAUAUUGACCAA